AGGAGGUACUAAAAGGUGACGGAUCCCUGCAGGCAGCAUAGAGCGAUCCCGAGAAAAGCUGCCAUUUCCGGUGUUGUGACGUCACAUCUAUUUCCGGCAACAUGGAAGCGGUAGUGAGUGAAGUUGUCGCCCCUGAAGACCUUCUGAAAUUCGAAAAAAAAUACAAUGCGGAGCUGGCCAAGGGAAACGUGUCUAAAGACACAAAGUUCGAGUACGCCUGGUGUCUGAUUCGGAGCAAGUACACUGAGGAUAUAAAGAAAGGGAUAGAGUUGCUAGAAGACCUGGUUCACAAGGGCACAAAGGAUGAUCAGAGAGACUACCUGUUCUACCUUGCAGUUGCAAACUACAGACUGAAGGAGUACGAGAAGGGUCUGAAGUUCGUCCGGAUGCUACUGCGGCAGGAACCAGGCAACAAGCAGGCGAUGGAGCUGGAGAAGCUCAUCGACAGAGCGAUGAAGAAGGACGGCCUAGUUGGCAUGGCGAUCGUGGGCGGGAUCGGUCUCGGAGUGGCUGGAUUGGCAGGCCUUAUUGGUUUGGCUGUCGCAAAAUCCAAACCCUAAAGAUGGGUGAUCUUCUGCGCCCUUUGUCCUUCCCAUCAGAAGCAUAAUUUCUGCCAGGCGUGAGUUUGAUUUCGUAUUUGAAAUUAAUUAACCAUAUAACCGACGUUUUUAUAGUAGAUAACACCUUUCGUGCGGGCGACCAUUUUUUCCUUGGCCUCUUACAACAACAACUCUUAUUUACUCCUCCAAGUUCGUUAAAUGACUUUUUCUUUUUUUAUGUGGUGUUCAAACAAGCCUAUUACGGCUGUAACUUGGAACACUGGAAUUUUAUACAGUGUUAUGUCAAGGAGGUAUUUCGGUGAGCGACUAUUUUAUAGGUAACUGGAUAUUACUGGUGAUACCUUAACAAGUGUUUAACACUCGCUGUAUAGUUUCUAUGAUUGACAGUAAAUGCUGACGGUAAAUACAGUUGGAUUCAUUCAUGAGAAAGGAGCGGAUUUCCUGGUUGCCAUGACUUUGGUUUUAUCUUGAUAUUUACUGAUGCAAACACGCUUGCCUGGUAGCUCAUCUGAACGAAAGCAUAUAAAACGACUCCUGAGAUUUGUUUGUUCCUGAUAUUCAGGCUGAUCAUAGUUACAUCAGUUAUGAAAAUUAGGCUUGUAUACAACUUAUGGUCUAUAAGUUUAAUUCUUUUGAAUUAAUAAUUGCAUUUCUGGAUGUUUUGGCCAACAACUCUGGUAUGAUAAUGGUGAUGUUCCAUAUGUCUAUUAGAAGCUGUUAAUAUCUAUAUAUAAUGUAUAUUUAUGAUGUGCUUCAUUUAUAAUGAUUCUUAACAUCUGUACAUACCUGGUGUUUUUUUCCAGCUAUACACGACGUAUAGCAAAUAUGAACAAGGCACUUCUAUAUGUUUCACAAAAGUUAAAGGCUAUUUUUGUUUUUGAUUUAAUUUUUUUUUUUCUAAUUUUGAUUUGUGUUUAAUUUUACAACAUUGAUCAUUUCACAGAAAAUGAAAAGGGAAUUAAGGUAUUUUUUUCUACCCUGAGAGGCACAUGUUCUAGUUUUGUAAGUAAAACCGUAGUUCACCAGGAAAAUAGUUUUGGUUUGACCUCUGUGGCUAAUUGACUUUUGUUUUUAUUUACUUUCGCUGUUAUAUUCGAUGCUCAACCAUUGGGACAAAUGUAAUGUAUUCCAUCCACAAAACACUGUGUAGUAUGAUAGGAGAAAUGAGACCUCCCCCCGCUCCCCUCCCCACCCAUUCCUUUUACAUACUUUAUCGAUUUAAGUGAUUACCAGUGUACACAUAGUCUAGCCUGUUAUGGAACUCAAAGGGGCAGGAUCCUUCAGGAGCGUGAUGUUAAACACGCAGACCUUGCCUUCACAGAGGACACAGCAGGGGCAAAGUAGCGUAAAUGGGGCUGUUCAAUUUAAACGUUACGUCAAGCAAGGCGAAGACUCACAGACGACACCUCAGAUCUAAGAUGAGCUGGUAGCUUUUAAUUGUACCCUGUUAUCCUGAUGCUGAUAUGCUGUUUAUAACACCAGCCUGCCACCUGUGUUAUGCAUUUUCUUGUGGUUCUGUACUACAAAUAAAAGUUAUAUAUUGAGUUCUAAA